AUGGAAAUAAAACCUGAGUUUAUAUUUAUCGGAAUUCUCAUACUCGUUCCGGCACAAUGGUUUUUAUCUCCAUCCGAAACUGGUCAUUUGAAAUAUCAUUUGAAUAGCCUGUUGUCUACUGUCAAAGAAUAUAUUCCAUCAUUUCUUAUGUCACAAAAGGAUCCAGAAGCAGAAGCGGCAGAGAGCAAAGCUAUGGAAGAGGAAAUGAACCCAGCUGGGAACGGAGCAUAUGGAAUGGGUCAGUAUAUUCGCCAACGUGCUCCAGAAGUUGAAUUUCGGGUCGGAGACGUUGUGUUUCAUCCGAAAUUGGAAUUUCGUGGAGUCAUUAUAGGAUGGGAUGAACAAGCAAUUGCUCCUGAAAAAUAUAUCAAAGUGGCACAUGGGGAUAACAAGCACUUCUCUACCCAACCGAAUUAUGCAGUUUUAAUUGAUACUCGUGACCGUUUCACCCCGCAAAUGUCAUAUAUUGUGCAAGAAAAUCUUCGAUUGGAAAAAGGAACAAUCUGGCAUCCACUAGUCGAUAAAUUCUUUGAAGGAUUCGAUGAGCAACGACAAAAAUACAUACUGCGUCCAAUCUACAAACAAUGGUAUCCGGAUGAUUAG